ACUGGCGUGCGCGUUUGUUUCUGAAAGAAAAGGAUGGCAGGUCCGUCUUCGGUCGCAGGUGAUGUAUUUGUAGAUGCUCUGCCGUAUUUCGACCAGGGAUAUGAUGCUCCUGGUGUCAGAGAAGCCGCAGCUGCAUUGGUGGAGGAAGAAACAAGGCGAUACAGACCAACCAAGAAUUACCUGAGUUAUUUGUCCACCCCUGAUUUUUCAACUUUUGAGACCGAGAUUAUGAAAAAUGAGUUUGAGAGACUCGCUGCCCGCCAACCCAUGGAGCUGCUCAGUAUGAAAAGGUAUGAGCUUCCCGCUCCUUCAUCUGGGCAGAAGAAUGACAUCACGGCAUGGCAGGAUAGUGUCAAUAACUCAAUGGCCCAGCUUGAGCACCAGGCAGUGCGUAUUGAGAAUCUUGACCUCAUGGCCCAGUAUGGGACCAAUGCAUGGAAGGUGUUUAAUGAUAACUUGGCUGUAAUGAUUGAAAAUGCACAAAAGGAACUGCAGAAGGUUAGGAAACAAAUACAGGACCUGAACUGGCAGCGCAAAAACGACCAGCUCGCUGGAGGAACCAAACUUCGAGAACUAGAAUCAAACUGGGUGUCUCUUGUCAGUAAGAACUACGAGAUCGAGCGAGCCAUUGUACAUUUGGAGAAUGAAAUUGCACAGACGAAGCAGCAACAGGGCGAUGAGAACAAAGAGAAUAUUCGGCAGGACUUUUAAAUAUUGAAACCAGUUCAACACCACCUUCAAACUGUGUGGACUUCCACUUAUCUCGGACUAGCAAAUGAUCACUCUUACAAAGUGUGGCAUGAGAUUCUUGUAAAUGAUGAUUUUGUCUUGUGACGAAAGAGCUGUUUACACAAGGAAACAGACAAUAAUGCUGGUGCACCAAUAAUAAACAACACUGGACAUCACUGGCUUGGAAAAACUUUGUCAAUUAUAAAGAUUUGUGUUGUCUUCAUGUAUGAUUACUUGUUGUUACUAAUGGUCCACUCUGUUUGUAUUACUUUUUUUAAAUAUACAAUAAAAGGCUGAAAUAA